AUGUCCUCGCAACAUCCAGUUGGGAAGCCGUCACCAGCCGGGUCCGAUACGUCGUCUGACCAUGGCGGCCUGGGUUCCAAAUCCGCUGUCGACGAUAAGGUUACUGUCGAUGCCGCGCCUCCGACAGCGCCCGCGCUUGCAACGCAGCAGACUCAACGCAUGGAAGCGGCAAUGGGCGAUGCCAUCCUCCGCUUUUUCAUGAUUCGGAAAGGACCGAAGGCAGAAGAGUACGACCUCGACGCGAUUGCCACGCAACCGAGUAUAUGGGAUUCCGAGAAUGUCGAGGAGUACAAGAGCCUCUACAUCCACCCGCAAUGGGAGAACUGGGCUGCUUUUGAUCCCAGUUUCCGAUGGACAUGGAGAGAGGAACGUGCUGUUAGGCGUAAAGUCGACUGGAAAAUCAUGGUUUGGGCAUGUGUCAUGUUCGCAGCCCUCAACAUCGACCGGAACAAUAUCUCCAACGCCGUUUCCGAUAAUAUGCUUGACGAUCUCGGGUUGACGCGAGGCGACUACAACCUUGGUCAAACAAUAUCCCGGGUUGGCUUUCUUGUUGCCGAGCUUCCAUCGCAGUUGAUUUCCAAGCGUAUUGGACCCGAUCUGUGGAUUCCCAUCCAGAUUUGCCUCUUCUCUAUUAUCUCUGGAGCGCAAUUCUUCCUAAAGGGUCGAGCGUCCUUUCUUGCGACAAGAUACCUCAUCGCAACCUUUCAAGGAGGUUUCAUCCCGGACACUAUCCUCUACUUGAGUUAUUGGUACACAGGCACUUCACUUCCGAUUCGACUGGCCUGGUUUUGGAUGUCUUCGCAACUAGUUGACAUCGGUGUUGGAUUCGCUGCUGUCGGUCUGGUUUCGAUGCGCGGCAUUUUGGGAUACGAGGGCUGGCGUUGGUUGUUCCUCAUCGAAGGUGCUUUCACUUUCUGUGUCGGACUGUGCUCGUUCUUCCUUAUGCCUCAAUGCCCUGCCAAGACGAAGAGUUGGUGGAACCCCAAGGGUUACUUUAACGAGAAGGAGGAGAAGAUCAUUGUCAACUCCGUCAUCCGCGACGAUCCCCAGAAAGGUGGCAUGUACAACCGACAAGGUCUGUCCGUCAAGCAGAUCUGGGAAUGCUCCAAGGAUUACGACAUGUGGCCAUUGUACGCUCUUGGCUUGCUCUUCGGCUUGCCGAAGUACCCUGUCAACCAGUACCUUACUUUGUCGCUCCGAGACCUCAAGUUCAACGUCAUCCAGACCAACCUGCUCUCAAUCCCGUGGAUCAUCGGGUCAAGUAUCACCAUGUUGGCCAUUACGGCUGCUAGCGAGCUCUGCAACAAUCGCAGUUUCGUCGCCAUGGCUGAGGAUGCAUGGUUAUUGCCAUGCUUCAUCGCCCUGAUUGUAAUCGCGAACCCAAGCCCCUGGGCUUACUUUGCUAUUGCGACAGUUUUGUUAUCCUUCCCUUACACGCAUCCUAUUCAAGUUGCCUGGACAAGUAGGAAUGCCGGAUCCGUCCAGAACAGAACAGUGUCCGCAUCCCUGUACAAUAUGUGGGUUCAAGUCAGUGGUAUGAUCGGCGCAAAUAUCUAUCAACCAAGUGAUGCCCCUCGGUACUUCAAAGCCAACAAGGGCCUAUUGGUCAUUUGUAUUUGGAUGUGUGUUGUACAAUACCCCUUCACCUACUUCUACUAUCGGUGGAGGAACAACAGCAAAGCCAAGAAGUGGGAUGCUAUGACACCAGAGCAGCAACACGACUACCGUGCCAACACAACGGAUAAAGGCAACAAACGUCUUGACUUCCGAUUCGCCACCUGA